GCUGUUAUACAUAUAUAUUUUUUUUUUAGUAAAAUAGAUCAUUAUAGUUUCUGAGUUUCUCUCAAACCUUUAAUUUAGUUAUAGGUAGGUAAUUUGUUAACAUAAUAUUUUAGUCGUUUCUACUUCAUAAGGCAUCGUUCAUAAAAUCUAACUGCCAAAAUAUGUCCAACGAUGUGGAGGAUAUCGAUGGAAAUAACAUUCUUGCUCAAGCAUUACAACAUCAAGGUGUCGAAUAUGUUUUUGGCAUUAUUGGCAUUCCAGUCAUUGAAUUCAGCAUGGCCCUGCAACAAGUAGGUCUUAAAUACGUCGGAAUGCGCAAUGAACAAUCUGCAGUAUAUGCAGCCCAAGCAAUCGGUUAUCUUACUCGUAAACCCGGUGUUUGUCUGGUGGUGUCUGGCCCCGGAUUACUUCAUGUCACGGCCGGAAUGGCAAAUGCACAAAUCAACUGUUGGCCCCUUUUGGUAAUUGGUGGCUCUUGUGCUGAAGAUCAUGAAGGAAUCGGUGGAUUUCAAGAAUGCAACCAAGUCGAACUCAGUAGACCCUAUUGCAAGUACAGUGCAAGGCCCCCAAAUGCUGCCCUUAUACCUGUCCAUGUUGAAAAAGCAAUACGCUAUGCUACUUAUGGUAGACCAGGUGCUGCAUAUUUAGAUUUUCCUUCCAAUCUACUAUCAGCCCGAAUUCCUGUUGAUAAGGUAGUGAACAAACCAUUAAUCUCACAACCUCCAAUAAUAUUUCCUGAUAUUCAAAAUAUUGAAUCUACUGCAGAACUGUUAAUCAAUGCCAAACGCCCUCUUAUUAUUGUUGGCAAAGGUGCUGCCUACGGCCGUGCAGAGUAUCCCAUAAGACAUUUCAUUGAACAAUUUGGCUUACCGUUUAUAGCUACACCAAUGGGUAAAGGCGUAGUGCCUGAUGAACAUUCUUUGAGUGUAGCAUCUGCACGUACUUACGCUUUGCUAAAUGCUGAUGUCAUAUUGUUACUUGGUGCAAGAUUAAAUUGGAUUCUACAUUUUGGUAAACCACCAAGAUUCAAUGCUAAUGUAAAGUUUGUACAGAUAGACAUAAGCGCAGAAGAGUUACAUAACAGCCAACAAGCUGCUGUUGCAAUUCAAGCAGAUAUGCAUGCUGCAAUUAAUGCAUUAAAUGUUUGUUUAUCUGACAAAAAAUGGAAAAAUAUAAGAACUGAAUGGUUGGAUGAACUUAAAGAAAAAUGUUUGUCAAAUAAAAAAUAUGUAGAGUCAAUGAUGAAAGAUACAUCUGUACCAUUAAACUACUACACAGUUUUUCAACAUAUAUAUGAUAAUAUUCCAAAAGAUUGUAUUAUUGUAAGUGAAGGAGCAAAUACAAUGGACAUUGGUAGAGCUGUAUUAUUAAAUAAUUUACCUAGGCAUAGACUCGAUGCUGGAACAUUUGGCACUAUGGGAGUUGGAUUAGGAUUUGCUAUUGCUGCUGCCUUAUGGUGUCAAAAAUAUGAACCUGGAAAAAGAGUCUUAUGUGUUGAAGGUGAUUCAGCGUUUGGAUUUUCUGGAAUGGAAGUAGAAACAAUGGUCAGAUACAAAUUACCAAUUGUCAUUAUUGUUGUUAAUAAUAAUGGGAUAUAUGGAGGUGUAGAUGAAUCCACUUGGAGUUUGGUGCAAGAUUCUGAAAAUUUAGCUGAUGUUAUUCCUCCUAAUUGCCUAUCUGUUAACAUACAUUAUGAAAAUAUUUUGACUCUAUUUGGUCGCAAAGGAUAUUUUUGUACAACUGUUGAACAAGUUUCUAAUGCAGUGAGAAAAGCAUUUAUGGAUACAAGUGGACCUUCUUUUAUUAAUAUAAUGAUCAACCCAUCUGCAGAUCGCAAACCUCAAAACUUUGCCUGGCUAACUGAAUCAAAAUUAUAGAAUAUAUUAUAGAAAUACUGCCGUUGUGCCUUACACUGGAUUGUAAACAUACUUGCCAAUAAAAAAGAUCUCUCUUUUUUUAUUUGUUCUAAAGGUAGUUAAGGUGGUUUUGUUUUCAAAUUUAACAAACAAUUCAACCAUUCUCUCAAACCUGGUUAAAAUACUUCUACAUGGUGAAAGAUAAUAAUAUACAAUAUUGUUGUGCAUUAAAUUUAGAACAUUUUAAAUGUUAAUUUUUUUAUUAUUGUGUUAAUUUUAUGGUUAUUAUUGUAUGAGUUUAUAUUGUGAUUUGUUAUUUUAUACAUAUAUAUAAUGUAUACUGCUACAUUGUAUUUAUUUACAAUAUAAUUGUUAACAUUUCGA